AUGGCGGCCGUCGUGAACUAUUCUCCUCCUUGGUGGGUGAACCUCCUCCACCGGUUGCCUCAUUUCAACCUGGAAUUUCAAGUCGUGAGCAGCGAUUUCAGACCCGAGGACUCGGAAUAUCAGAAGUCUGUCUUGCUCAUCGGUUCUGUGGCUCUGGUGUGUUUGGGCCUGGACCUCCUCUUCCUCCUCUUCUACUCCUUCUGGCUCUGCUGCAGAAGACGCAAAAGUGACGAGUCGUCGCAUUCCCAUUCGCACUCCCAGCAGCCGAGCGCUGACUGCUGCUGCACCGCUUGGUGUGUGAUCAUCGCCACGCUCGUCUGCAGUGCUGGCAUCGCUGUGGGAUUCUAUGGAAACGGGGAGUCAAGUGAUGGAGCCAAUCGUUUGGCAUACUCCCUCCGUCACGCCAAUCGCACUGUCUCCGGGGUGGAGAAAUUGGUAUCUGACAAUGCCCUAGCCUUAAACCAGACAGUGGAGGAGAACCUGGUCCAGCUAGAGACAGUCUUCAAAGAUCAGACAGACUACGUAGCUAUCGUCCAGAAGCUGCAGGGACAGCUGGAUGAGCUGGUGAGGCUGAUGGCGGAUGUUCCUUUCUGGUCCAACACCGACAUCUCCCUGGAGGACUUGGCCCUAAAAACAGAGGGCUUUGACUUUUACAGGUGGUUGGGGUACCUGGGGCUGCUGUUGUUUGACGUUCUCAUUUGUCUUCUGGUGCUCUUCGGUCUGAUUCGCAACUCGAGAAGCACUCUGAUUGGAGUAUGUCUGCUUGGUGUUCUGACUCUGAUCAUCAGCUGGGGGUCCCUGGGUCUGGAACUGGCUGUCGCUGCUUCUGCCAGUGACUUCUGCGUUUCCCCGGAUACCUACAUCACCACGGUAACCAGAGAAAAUGCUGUCAUCAACCAAGAUAUCCUGCAGUAUUACCUGAGUUGCAGCCCUGGACAAAUUAACCCAUUCCAGCAGAGGCUGUCAGGGAGUCACAAAGCGUUGGUGGAGAUGCAGGAUGAUGUGGCAGAGCUACUGAGAUCAGCAACACGUGACUAUGCCAGCACCAAGGGUAGUCUCGAGCAGAUCCAGUCUGUGCUGAAUUCCACUGAGGUUGGUCUUCACCAGCUGACAGCUCUGGUUGACUGCCGCAGCCUACACAUGGAUUAUGUCCAAGCUCUGACUGGCCUGUGCUAUGACGGGGUGGAGGGUCUCAUCUACCUAGUGCUCUUUUCCUUCGUCACCGCUCUGAUGUUCUCCUCCAUCGUGUGCAGUGUGCCUCACACUUGGCCUGGCAAGAGGACGGAUGAGGAGGACGGAGAGGACGAGUCGGGCGCCUCCCGUGGCGGUGUGCACGAUAACCUGUACCGCGUUCACAUGCCCAGUCUCUACAGCUGUGGCUCCAGCUACGGUAGCGAAGCUAGCCUGCCCGCUACAGCCCACACUGUCAGCAAUGCCCCCGUCACAGAAUACAUGAGCCAGAACGCAAACUUUCAGAACCCUCGGUGUGAGAACACCCCCUUGAUUGGCAGGGAGUCCCCUCCACCCUCUGUAAGUGCACACUUUCUAGAACACACUCUUCCCUCUGCUAUCUUCCAAUACCCAUGA